AUGAGUUCUCAAUGGCAAUUUUGGAAUGGUCACCUAAAACGGUCUAGUGCACUUGUCGCGGGCAAGAUAUUAGUCUCCGCCGACCUCAGGCUUGCACUUGUUGAGAAGCAUGAUAUGAGAUACUCACAGCCCUUUUUCAAACUUAGCAAAGGCCUUCAACGUCCAUUCAAUGCUAGCUUUGAAGUCGCGCCUUUAGCCUAUCUAGGCAUCAGACCCAUUUCAACAGCUCCGCACCGCUCCAACUUCUAUCAGUCAGUCAAACCCCAACAACAGCCUCAAGAGCGUAACGCAUUUGCAAACGAUUCAAGAGUUGCGCCGAGACGCAAUCAGGAAAUUGAACACUUUGGCCCAAAAGAGGAGCAUAGCAAUGAAGGCAGAUUACCUCAAGAUGAAUUGAUUAGGGCCUAUAUGGUACGCGUUGUCCAGGAUGGCAAACUUGGAGAACCUGUCCUUCUUCAAGAAGCCCUGGAGUUCCGCAAAAAGGAUCAAGAUAACAACUUCCUGGAAACCUUGCGCCAGGUUCAGCCAGCGGGCGACGUAAACAUGUAUCCUAUUUGCCGAUACAUCGAUAAGCAAGAGGAGCGUGAAAAGGAGACUGCGAGGAAGAAGGCUAUGAAGGCAUCGAAAUUAGAAACAAAGCAGUUGCAUGUCAACUGGACAAUUGAUCGCAACGAUUUGGAUCAUCGACUACGGCAGAUGACUGAGUUCCUGAAGAAAGGAUGCAAAGUCGAGGUGGUUAUCGGGGCCCCAAGGAAGAAAGGUUGGCAAAGCAAGAGGACUGACAACAGCGAUCUCGCAAACUCUUUGGUGGCAAAGAUACGUGCGGCAGCGUUGGACGUAGCCGGCGUGCAAGAAAAAGUUGCGAUGAAAGGCACCCCUGGCAAACAGGUUGAAAUGUAUUUCGAUGGAUCUAGGAACAAAGAAGUAACGGCGUAG